UGCUCAUUCAUUUGUGGUACUGUUCAUCUUCCAGGCUGCUACAUAUAGCGGAUGAGGAGCCCAUUCUGCCAACAACUCCUUUGCUCGCAGCAUGAGAGCUCCAUCCGGCAUGGAUAGCGAAGAAGACACCUCUUUAGACCAUCAGCACAUGGCUGUUGAUCUCACUCCUGCCGGCAUGGAUACGCUCUCUAACAGAUCAAACAAAGGCAUCACCGAGCUAUCAGAUUGUUCUAAUCCUGGCUGUGGUGUUGUUGAUUCAAUCACAGCGAAUCCAGAGUUCUCAGAACUGCAUUCUGGAAGAUCGGCACCUAAGCGGAAAAGUAAACGGGAAGCGUUUGAAGGAAUGGACUACAGAAUUGCCCCUGCAGUAAAAAGUCCGUUCCAGAAGUGUGUGGAGCGCGCUGCUUUUAGGGGUGAUGCAGAUGUGUUCGUUCCAAGUGUUGGAACAAUCUUUGAUUCAAAGGAUGAAGCCUACGAUUUCUACAACAUGUUCUCUUGAGAGUGUGGUUUUGGUAUUCGCUAUGGAAAGAGUAGCACUAAUAACAAAAAUUACAGAACACUGCAGGACAU